CCGUGAAUCAUCUUUUCGCUCUCUUUCCUCCGCUUGCCCACCGCACGUAUCCGCGAGGGGUGGAGAUUAUCGAGAUCGGGAGCCCGAAAAGUCCCGCACGAAGCACCUGUUAUCACAAAGGAAAGGUGGGCCACAGAACCCACCCCAUCCGCAACAAGGCCAAGGUCAAGGGAUAUUACGUGCGUGUUUUGAAGGCAAUCCAAACAAGCCUGCCUGGCUGGCUUACAUAAUCCCGACGCGCAAUGACAGCUGACGGAAUGACCUCGAUACGCAGGGAGGCAAAACGAACAAAAGGCGCAAAAUAUCCAUCCGAGUGUGUGGAACACGUUUCACUCUUCCGCUGGCUGAAAGGAUUGGGCUGGAGGAAUGAAACGGGCCUCAGGAUUGGCCGGUUUGCGUGCACCGGCAAAGGAUUGUACUCACGCAAACCGCUCGCCGAGGCAGACUGUCUAAUAGCGCUACCCUUUGAGGCCCUGAUCGGCCUGAACGUGCUGGAGCGCGAUGAACACUUCCGCAGCCUGUUCGACGAGUCGGCCGUCCAGGAGCGAGCACAGUCGCUGGAGAAGCUUCCCUUUCAGGCGCUGCUUGCGUUUUACCUGUGCGUGACGAAAUCGGCCCACUUCGAUGCUUACCUUCAAUCGCUGCCGCAGACAUUCUCGAAUCCAUACUUCUGUACCAAGCAGGAGCUGGUCUAUCUGUCCGAGGUGCUGCUGCAAAGAAUGGUAGAGCAGAACGGGCUCAUUAAAAGCGGUUUGGAGCGAAUCAAUUCCGUCCUCCGGGACGAAUGGAAGGAUACGGUCGAGCUGGAGAGGUUUAAAUGGGCAUACUUCGUCGUUAACACGCGCAGCGUUUUCCUAGACCCGAUGGCGGUCAAAAUGAUCAACAGCUUCCUACCAUCCGGCUCACUGUUUGAAGACUUCCUUGCCGACGAGCCGUCCAUGGCGCUGGCUCCGUUUUUGGACUUUUUCAACCAUCGUUGUGGCGCCAAAACCGUCAACGGAUUAUCACUCUCUACGUCCCAAAUACGCGACUGCUUGCUAAAGGAACGACCACUGGAGCUGUACUACAACCUACACACCGACACUGCGUACCGGGCCGGUGAGCAAAUCUUCAUCAGCUACGGUACGCACAACAACACCAAGCUGCUGCUCGAGUACGGCUUUUCCAUCCCGUCGAAUCCGGACGACUUUGUGGAGCUUACCAUCGGCACGAUCAAUGCGUUUAUGAAACACGAUCCGGAGCUGCGCUGUUUGCGUUUGCCGCGGGAAAAGUAUCGCUUUCUCGCAGACCACCGGCUCGAUGAGCAGCUGUUCUUCGUCGGGGACGAUCUGCUCAGCCACAAUCUGGCCGUCUGUCUGACGGUGCUGUUCGUGGAGCGAAACAUUCACCACAUGAAGGCGGUAGCGUUCGCCGCCACGCCACCGCUCGAACCGAUCCGAGCGAUUGCACUGCGGUUGGUGGACUUUUUGCUGCUAGAAUGCAGGCAAAGCAUCGAGGGGCUUAACAAGCUGGCGGGCCUAAGCACGGCCGGAACCGCUUACCGAGAGUACCGUCGCGAGUGUGAAGUCUUUUUGAAUAAAAUCAAAAACAGCUUUUAAAAUGCCCCACUCACACACACAAA